AUGCAAUCGUCGGGGAUUCCUUGGAUGCCGCCAGCGACUCACCCGCAGCAGGUGCCGGCAACGGCUCAAGAAAGCAUUUCCUACUACAUGAGAGAUGGUAACCAUGCAGUAAAUACCUGGGAACACUCGCUGCCGCCCUCCUCGACUUCCGUUCAGCAUAGAUCCACCGAGGCUGUGACUGCGCCUGUCACGUUAGCCCAGGGGCUAUACCCUGCUAAUGCGAUGAUGACUGCCGAAGUCUCUAGAGAUCCAAGCGGCUUUGUUCUAUCUGAUGCAUCAAAUCGGUGGGCUCAAAAGCCACCGGGGGAGAACUUCGACCUUCCCGUAUUGGAUUCAGACGCGCCCAUCGGUCAAGCGUACACCACCGACGACGCCGUUUCCAUUCUUGAUUUAAGGUAUUCAACCCCGUCGCAAGAUAACUCAGAUCGAUUGAAUUUGGACGGCAGCGUGGCUAGCCAUCGCUUGUCUGGCUCGUCCUAUGCCGUGUCGACAACCGGAGGGUUAUCCGACAUGCCUUCGUAUGAGGACUUCUCUGCCGCUCUCUCCGACGUUCGAUCACUCAACUCUGACUACCCACCUCCUUCAAACAGGACCUCCCUCAUGUCAUCUACACAGCUGUCACCUGUGGCAUCUCCUCGCCUGACGCCACAGACCCGCCCCGAGCAAGUCAGAACACAGAGUCGCGGCCGGGCCUCGCCGUCUCCACGGCCAAGCAUGAGGACUGCUCCUUACGACAUCACUCGAGGGAACAAGCAGCGCUGGUCUACCGGAUCCUAUGGCGUGGGACAGAGAAGACCCUCCCCCGCACUCUAUCACUCGCCUCCCAGUGUUCCUCAGAGAUACUCUUACCAAUCAUUGCCUGCGCCCUCCGCCUCGGCCAUGUUCCCUAACUCACAGCCAAUCAAUCCUAGCAAUCCUCUUGCUGCCAGACCGCCUUUUAUGAUGGCUGGCGCCCCGGGAUUCAACAGGAACAACAUGGUCCUUGCAUCCCAAAUGCAGCCGCAGUUGCCUAAUCAGAUACCCUCGUAUUUCUAUAACCACAACGAGACGCACGGUGUUGUUGCCACGCCACCGACCCUGGCCUCGCAUGGCCUCCUCCGAGUUCUUCAAAGCAACGGCGAACCGCAUCCUUUGACUGGUCUCUACGCAGACCUUUCGGACCCUCCGGAUUUGUUUGGAUGCCUUCACGAAGAGCAAGCACCUCCCCCACCAGAGGACAUGAACCCUUCAGACCCAGAGAUGGUGCCUUAUGAGCAAGAGUUGCGGUUUGAAAACGACUUGUACACCCCCCGCUGGGUUCGAGGACAUGGCAACAAGAGGGAAGGAUGGUGUGGUAUCUGCAAACCUGGACGAUGGCUGGUGUUGAAAAACUCUGCUUUCUGGUACGACAAGUCCUUUUCGCACGGCAUCAGCGCGGCAACCGGUACCCCAUUUCAGGAGCCUUUGGAUUCGAGACGUAUGAAUGGCAACCCUGAUAUUUGGGAGGGACUUUGCGGAAGCUGUAACGAGUGGGUGCCCCUCGUUAGUAGCAAGAAGAAGGGAACAACUUGGUUCAGACACGCAUACAAGUGUCAUACACACCAGAAGGUCAAAGAUUCUCAUAAACGUCGCCGAGACAACAGCCAAAGCCAAGUUGGUGGCCACUUGCCACCUUUGCAUGAUUCACGACCAGAUUCACACAGAUCAAUGACCCCCCAAAUGUCUUCUCCAGGCUCUGGAGUUGACGUACCAAGCCUAGCGAUGGCAGCCUCGAUGCCAAUGCCUUCGCAACCCAUGGACUCGCGAUCGUACAUGCCGCUACAGCAGCAAAUGCAGGUUCAAACGCAGGCACAAGCGCCUAUUGGCAUGAUGCCGCAAAGAUCUAGCUCUGUUCGAUCACAGAAUACGCCCAUGGACUCAUACCCCGGCAUUAUCUAA